AUGGGCAUACAGGAACAGAUCAUUGUGGAGAGGAUCCUAAAGUUCAUCACGACUCUCACCAACCUUACCAUCAUCCACCUGGCAGUUUUUGUCCUACUCGGCAUCCCUGGGUUAGAGGCAUAUCACAACUGGCUGCCAAUAUCCUUCUGCUUCAUGUAUAUCACUGGUCUGGGGAACAGCAUCCUGAUAGUGGUCAUCAUCAAGAACGUUAACCUUCGUGAACCCAUGUAAUUUUUCCUUUUCAUGCUGGCCAUCAUGGAAAUCCUGCUGUCCAUCACUACUGUACCCAAGGCCCUAGCCAUCUUUUGGAUCCAUGGUCAUGCUAUUGCCUUUGAUGCCUGUGUCACUCAAGUGUCCUUUGUCCAUGUGAAGUUUGUGGGAGAGUCAGCCAUCCUAUUAGCUAUGGCCUUUGAUUGCUUUGUGGCCAUCUGUGCUCCUCUGCAUUAUUCAGCAGUGCUAACAUGGCCUGUUGUGAGAAGAAUUGCUCUGGCACUGUCACGAAGCUUCUGCAUCAUCUUUCUAGUGAUUGCCUUGCCAAAGUGGCUGCCCUUUUGUCAGACCAACAUCAUCCCUCAUUCCUACAUUGAGCAUAUUGGAGUGGCCUGUUUAGCCCAUGCCGACGUCACUGUUAAUAUCUGGUAUGGCUUCACAGUGCCCAUUGUCAUAGUCUUUUUGGAUGUAAUCCUUAUCACUGUGUCUUACUCACCGAUCCUCCAAGCAGUGUUUUGUUUACCUUCCCAGGACGCCUGGCACAAGGCUCUCAGCACUUGUGGCUCCCAUUUCUGUGUCAACCUCAUGUUUUACAUUCCAUCCUUCUUUACCUUAUUGUCCCACUGCUUUGGAUAUAACAUUCCUCGGCAUGUCCACAUCCUGCUGGCCAGUCUUCAUGUGGUGGUGCCACCAGUGCUCAACCCCAUUGUCUUGGAGGGUGUCAUGCACUGGUUCUUUGACAUGUCUUGGUGCUGUCUUCCCCUCUGGGCUGAUGGUUCCCAUGAAUCCCCACGACCAGCUUUACCAAGGAAACUAGAUCCCACAAAUAACAACUAA